AUGGCCUGCAAGUUGUGCGCUGCCUGCCUUCUACUCACAUGUCGCCAUGCCAUGGCUGGGUACCGCGUGGUCGACACGGCGCAGGCGAAGUGCUUUGGGGCCCAAGACGCCAUGACUUGUCCCUCGAGUGGUGCGUUCCUUGGCCAAGACGCGCAGUACCAUGGCGUUCAGCCCAGCUACACCGACAACCUGGAUGGGACUGUGACUGAUGCAAACACCGGCCUCAUGUGGCAAAAGGAUCCUGGGCCCAAGAUGCAGUAUGCUGACGCCGUGGCAGCUGUCAACAGCUUUACCUUGGCCGGUCACAGCGAUUGGAGGGUGCCAAGCAUCAAGGAGCUGUACUCCUUAAUUCUGUUCAGUGGACGAGAUGUGUCUGGGGCUCAAGGUACAGACACCACAGGAUUUACGCCCUUCAUCGACUCCGCCUUCGGCUUUCAAUAUGGCAAUGUGACCGCUGGGGAGCGCGUCAUCGACUCACAAUGGGUCACCUCCAACGUCUAUGUCUCCACCGUGAUGAACCAACAGGAGUGCUUCUUUGGUGUCAACUUCGCGGAUGGUCGUAUCAAGUGCUAUCCGACCUCAUCCACCUCGUCAGCAAAUCCCGAAAGUCCUUCUUCCGGCGAGGCCCCUGGUGGGUGCACGGAGGGGUCGGGACCAUGCACGGGUGGGGCAUGUCCUGAUGGUCCGCCUCCGGAUGGGCUUUGCCCAGAUGGUUCCAAACCGCCGCCACCCAGCAGGCGAUUGGCCUCGAUGGGCUAUUUUACCAUCUAUGUGCGGGGCCCCGUGUACGGGGAGAAUCGCUUUGCAAAGAUCGAGAACGCGAACUUUUCAUCCAGCGCCGUCAUUUGCGAUGAAGCCACCAACUUAACCUGGAUGAUUGAAGAUAGCGGCCAAGGGUUCUCCUGGCAAGAAGCUCUUGCAUACUGCGAGAGUUCCUCACAUGCGGGCUUGACAGACUGGCGACUGCCCAAUGCGCAUGAGCUCCAUACCAUCGUGGACUACGGCCGCUCUCCAGACACCACCAACUCAGCAGCGAUUGAUCCGCUCUUCGUGGUGAGCCCUCUGAUGAACGAGGCCGGGCAGACCGACUACCCCUUUUACUGGACGAGCACCACGCAUGCGACCGAGGGACAGGUGGAGGGAGGCAACGCCGCGUACAUCGGCUUUGGCCGGUGCCUUGGCAAGAUGAACGGUCAGUGGAUGGAUGUUCAUGGCGCUGGCUGCCAGAGAAGUGAUCCAAAGACAGGACAUGCCAGCAACUAUCCCGAUGGGCAUGGCCCUCAGGGGGAUGCAGUAAGAAUUCAGAACCACGUCCGCUGUGUGCGGACUGGCGUAAUUUCCGCAAGCACGGACCCAGUCUCAAUGUCCAGGGCCGGUGAGGCCAGUUUUGGGGGAUCCGUCUUGGCUGCUUUGCUUUUGCCUCUGAGCGGUUUCUGA